UUGAGGAUGAUACAAUUUCAUUACAUACUUUCAGAUAAUCCUCCUUGAUUUCCCGCUCUUUUUAUGCUGCCAAACUGGAUAAUCGUUCAGAGGUACUCUAAUGUACCGUAUUUUUUUUUUUUUUUUUCUCUUGCCUUCGGUUAUUUACUUUUUUAGAUAUCCGUCGAGGAUUCUUGCAUUCCACAGUGUCGAAUUAUUUUUUUCAUACAAUAAUGUAAUUUACACUGUUUAUUCGAUUUGGGUAAACAAUGCAAUUGCUUUGAAUCCAAUCUUCGAUUAAGAAAUUGGCAGCACUGAAAUGAUGUGGCGUCUCGGUGUGAAACACGUGUUGACAGAUCGCUUACGACGCUAAAUGCCGACCAUUUGAAGAAUUCGAUACGCAGCCGAAGAUUCCUCGGUAACUGAGUAAAUAAAGCUUCAAAUUUCGCGUCGGUUCUCAUUGUAACGGUACCUGCUGUCAUUUAAACGUAACAGUCGUUCGAAACAAACGUUGUCUGCUCGUUUUGAGAGGUCGUGCAACUGUCACUUACCCAAUCGCGGGAGAUUUGAACAGGUUAAGUUUAAAUAAGUUCUUUAAAUGAUGAAUUUUAAUAAAUCUAUCACAAUUUCGACUUCUUCUCACACUAUGCUUCGACAGCUGGUUGUCUUGAUAUUCGUGGUAGCAAGUAUCGGGCUUUUUUUUUACCUAAAUAAAGUGCAGCCGCAUUAUUACAUCGAUGAGAUUUUCCACGUGCCUCAAACGUUGCGCUUCUGCAACAGAAAUUUUUUCGAGUGGGAUCAAAAAAUCACCACACUUCCGGGGCUCUAUCUGAUGGCCGUCGUACUUUUCGCACCACUCAAACUUUGCAACACUAUCGUUUUGCGGGGGAUCAACUUGAUCGGGACGUUCGCAAAUUUCUUCGUUGUGUAUCAAAUACUAAAGUCAAGUAUUGAACGGCGGCAAUAUGGCGCUAAACAAAAAUCACACGAUCAGAGACAACAAUGGACGAUCCUCAUAGCCAGCUUAAACAUCGCUAUUUUACCACCCCUGUACUUCCUUCUUUUUCUUUAUUACACCGAUGUCAUUUCCACCAAUUUGGUGCUCCUCAUGUACCUGUUUUACAUAAAACGACGAUUCAAAACAUCCGCUUUUGCGGGUGUCUUGGCCGUACUCUUCAGACAGACAAAUAUCGUCUGGGUUGCGUGGAUCUGUCUCGAACUCGGAAUGGACAUACUGGAGAAAAAAAAUCCGAACCGAAUCCACAAAAGCUUCAAAAACACUCCAGCAUACGUCAAGCUUCUCUGGGAUAAUGCAAAGGAAGAAAUUCUGGGUGGAAGAUUUACCAAUUUGGCGGCAGAAAUAUUCGGUGUACUGUUGCCGUACCUUCUAAUCGGUUUAUCCUUCGCGAUUUUCAUUCUCUGGAACAAAGGCAUAGUCCUUGGGGACCGCAGCGCCCAUGUAGCCACAUUUCACGUGCCUCAAAUCUUCUACUGUUCGGUGUUCUUCGCCUUUUUCGCCUGGCCAUACUUCAUCAGUCACGUAAUAGACUUCUUGAGAUUCGCGAAGGCUCGUUGGGGCUUCACCACUCUUGCCUUGCUUCUAGUCGGGAUAAUUGUCCGCUACAACACCCUGGUGCAUCCCUACCUCCUCGCCGACAACAGGCAUUACACCUUUUACGUUUGGAACAAAACUAUCGGACGAUAUUAUUUGGCCAGGUAUCUCUUCGUCCCGAUUUACGGGUUCUGUCUUUUCGCCACUUGGCGGGCUCUUCGUCAUCUCCGAUUUCUCUCCCAGAUCGGCUACUUUAUCGCAACGUUCAUAGUGCUCGUUCCCCAGCUCCUGCUGGAGCCCAGAUACUUCUUCAUUCCCUACAUCAUAUAUCGUAUCAAUUCUAUCGACAGUGUUAAACCGUGGCAAUUGUUCGCCGAGUCAUUGACGACCCUACUAGUCAAUGCUUUUCAGUUCUACGUAUUUUCGACCAAAGUAUUUUACUGGGACGACGACGAGUAUCCGCAAAGAAUCUCGUGGUAGUUGCGAUCUUGUUCACCUGGAAAAGAAACUAGUCUUUUUUGUUGAAACGGGGGAAAUAGCUCUCGAAAACGACUGAUUCUAGGCAUUUAUGUACGUAUAACUGUAUUGUUUAAUGGUUUGUGAAAUGGAAUAAAUGAACAGAAGAAAAUCCAA